GGAAGUGCGAGGCCGGGCCUCGCUCCCCCCACGUGUCCGCCGGAGUUUCUCCAGCAACAACAUGGCCGCCGCCUGAGCUGGGAGCCGGCGCCGCCGCUCUGAAGCCCCCGGGAGCCUGGGCCGCCGCCGCCGCCCGCGGCCUCGUGGAGGUUGAGUCUGAGGACCUUCGGCUGGCUCCCCCCUAGUAUGGCCAAUGAAGAGGAUGACCCAGUCGUGCAGGAGGUCGACGUGUACUUGGCCAAGAGUCUGGCAGAGAAGCUCUAUCUGUUCCAGUACCCUGUGCGCCCGGCCUCGAUGACCUACGACGACAUCCCGCACCUCUCGGCCCGGAUCAAGCCCAAGCAGCAGAAGGUAGAGCUUGAGAUGGCCAUCGACACCCUGAACCCCAACUACUGCCGCAGCAAAGGGGAGCAGAUCGCGCUGAACGUGGAUGGCACCUGCGCAGACGAGGCCAGCACCUACUCCUCGAAGCUGAUGGACAAGCAGACAUUCUGCUCCUCCCAGACCACCAGCAACACCUCCCGCUAUGCUGCCGCACUCUACCGGCAAGGCGAGCUCCACCUGACGCCCCUGCACGGCAUCCUGCAGCUUCGGCCCAGCUUCUCCUACCUGGACAAGGCAGACGCCAAGCACCGGGAGAGGGAGGCAGCCAGCGAGGCGGGCGACUCUUCGCAGGACGAGGCAGAGGAAGACGUGAAGCAGAUCACGGUGCGGUUCUCGCGGCCCGAGUCGGAGCAGGCCCGGCAGCGCCGUGUGCAGUCGUACGAGUUCCUGCAGAAGAAGCACGCUGAGGAGCCCUGGGUGCACCUGCACUACCACGGCCGGAGGGACAGCCGCUCUGAGCACGAGCGCCAGUACCUGCUGUGCCAGGGCGGCAGCGGCGCCGAGAACACGGAGCUCGUCAAGUCGCCCAGUGAGUACCUCCUGAUGUUGGUGCCGCCCAGCCAGGAGGAGGAGAGAGACAAGCCCGUGGCCCCCAGCAACGUGCUGUCCAUGGCCCAGCUGCGCACCCUGCCCCUCACCGACCAGAUCAAGAUCCUGAUGAAGAACGUGAAGGUCAUGCCUUUUGCCAACCUGAUGAGCCUUCUGGGCCCCGCUGUGGACUCCGUGGCUGUUCUGCGUGGCAUCCAGAAGGUGGCGAUGUUGGUCCAAGGAAAUUGGGUGGUGAAGAGUGACAUCCUGUACCCCAAGGACUCCUCCAGCCCGCACAGUGGUGUGCCCGCCGAGGUGCUCUGCCGGGGCCGAGACUUCGUGAUGUGGAAGUUCACGCAGAGCCGCUGGGUGGUGCGGAAGGAGGUGGCGGCGGUGACCAAACUCUGUGCAGAGGACGUGAAGGACUUCCUGGAGCACAUGGCCGUGGUGAGGAUCAACCGGGGCUGGGAGUUCGUCCUGCCGCACGACGGGGAGUUCAUCCGGAAGCACCCCGACGUGGUGCAGCGGCAGCACAUGCUGUGGACGGGCAUCCAGGCCAAGUUAGAGAAAGUCUAUAACCUGGUGAAGGAGACGACGCCAAAGCAGCCAGACGGACAGCCAGGGCCUGCAGGGCUGCUGUCUGGGGAGCAGCGGGUCCAGGCGGCCAAGAGCAGGGCCCAGCAGAACCACGCGCUGCUGGAGCGGGAGCUGCAGCGGAGGAGGGAGCAGGCCUCGGGGUCUGCGGUGCCGCCCGGCGUGCAGAUCAAGGAGGAGCCCCUGAGCGAGGAGGGCGAGGAGGAGGAGGAGGAGGAGCCGGCCGUGGAGGAGGGCGAGCCCAUGGACACCUCACCCGGCGGCGGCCGCCUCGGCCGGCUGACCAACGGGCUGCCCGCUGGGUGGGCUGCGGGCGGGGACGGCUUCACCGGGCCCCCGCCCCCCAGCGGAGCCGGCCCGGCCGCCCAGGAGCUGCGGGCCUUCGUGGAGGCCACCUUCCAGAGACAGUUCGUGCUCACGCUGAGCGAGCUCAAGCGCCUCUUCAACCUGCACCUGGCGAGCCUGCCCCCGGGCCACACGCUCUUCAGCGGCAUCUCGGACCGCAUGCUGCAGGACACGGUGCUGGCCGCCGGCUGCAAGCAGAUUCUGGUGCCUUUUCCCCCGCAGACGGCCGCCUCCCCGGAUGAGCAGAAGGUGUUCGCCCUCUGGGAGUCCGGAGACAUGAGCGAUCAGCACCGACAGGUUUUGCUUGAAAUUUUCUCCAAAAAUUACCGGGUGCGUCGGAACAUGAUCCAGUCUCGGCUGACGCAGGAGUGCGGCGAAGAUCUCAGCAAGCAGGAGGUGGAUAAAGUGCUGAAGGAUUGCUGUGUAAGCUAUGGUGGCAUGUGGUACCUUAAAGGGACAGUACAAUCUUGACAGUUACCUCAAACCACCACGUCAGUGAAUCUCAGCCCAGGAAGGACAGCAGAGCAGCAGAGGUGGAAGGAGAGGCUCAGUUGCUUUAGAAGUCACAGAGCAAGAGGGACUACCAUCUGGAGCCUAUGGCAUUGCAUGUCCGGGACAGAGGAGACUGCAUUCAGCCAGUGCUAGGAUUACCUUCAGUUGCAUUGCUCCCAGAAGAGACCGUCAGAACCUUCUUUGCAGUACAAUUUGAAAAUCCUGGUUUAUUUUGGUUAUUGGGUUUCAUUCUCAUAACAGAGUGUAUUCUGACAUGGGCAGGAUGAUGAAAAUCAUGGUUUAAUAUUCUACUUUUCAAACUUAAUGCCAACAAGGUCUAAGUUAUGUUUACAAGAUUAAAAACAACCCUCAAGGUUAUUAAUAUUUAAAACACCUAGAAGCCAAUAUGUAGUCUUUGAUCUAUCUGCUAAGACUUUUGCCAAUUUAAUCCAACAAACCAAAUUGAAUUGUUUUACUGUCAAGUUUCUAUGGCCACUUUACCUUGUAAAACAACCCACUUUAUGUAGCAGUCUCAACUGUUUACAUGAACCGUAGCAAAUACUAGAAUCAAAUCCUAUUAAUGUUUGCAUAAGGAUGCAGACAAAAUCAGGUAAGUAUGGAACAAUGUAUAGUGAGGUUAUCACACUUUGAUGUAAAAAAUCUCUAUUUUGUGUAUUUUUAAAUAAAUGUUCACACUAACCCGG